AUGUCCCUUGCAUUGAGUAGUAGAUGGUCUCUUAUUGACACUUGCGUCAACCUUACCGAUGAAAUGUUUCAGGGUUGGUAUAAUGGUCGUCAACAUCAUAAAAGUGAUAUAACAGACGUACUAAGCCGUGCUGAGAAGGUGGGUGUUCAUGGAAUGCUAUUGGAUGGCUCCAGCCUCAAGAAUAGCAAGAAGGUAAUUCAAAUGUGUGAACAGUAUUCCACGGCUGCUUUGAAGUGCUUAUGUACUGUAGGCUGCCACCCCACACACUGCAGUGAAUUUGAAGCGGAUCCAGAUGCCUACUUCAACGCGCUGGACGAGCUUGUUGCGAAACAUAGUGUGACUCGCGGCGGAUGCGUAGCAGCAAUUGGCGAGAUUGGUUUGGACUACGAUCGAACCUUCUUCACUGCGAAAGAGACUCAGUUGAAGUAUUUUGUAAAGCAGCUCGAAUUGGCGGAGCGCCACGGGUUGCCGCUUUUUCUUCAUGAGCGAAACACCGGGGGGGAUCUAUACAAAAUCGUCUAUGAGAGUCGCACUCCUACCACUAGAGGCGUGGUGCACAGUUUUACAGGCACACAGAAAGAUUUAGAAUCGUAUCUUCAGCUCGGUUUCUACAUCGGUAUCAAUGGCUGUAGCCUUAAGACGCGAGAUAACUUGGAAACGGUGAAACGUAUACCUCUCGAACGACUUUUGAUUGAGACCGACGCGCCAUGGUGCGGUUUAACCACCACCCACGCUUCCUACGCUCUGUUGAAGGAGUGUGGGAAGAAUAAAGAAGGCGGACAGUGUGUUUCCGAUUCCAUGCUUUCCGAGUUUACGAUCUGUCGAAAAGAUAAAUAUACGACGGGUGCGCUCGUGAAGGGACGCUGCGAGCCCUGCCAGCUCGUGCGCGUGCUGGAGGUGCUUUAUGAGCUACGUCGUGAUGACGUUCCAUCAAUUGAGGCCCUUGCGGAGAUUAUCACGAGUAAUAGCAAGAAACUUUUUCCCUUUUGA